CUGGGGAGUUCAGUUGUCACAUGACCCGUUCUUUGGCUGUCACAUGACAAGGAAGAGAGAGCCCGCUCGGUGUGGGGUUUAGGGGUAAAGAUGACAUCGGUUAGGGCAGUCCAUCCCUAUCCGUCCUCCUCGGUGACCAGCAAUGACCGGACCAGCUACCUAGGGGCCCGGAUUCCGCCGGUGGUGGAGGGUAUGGCCAGACAUCUGAAAGACCUGGACAAGGAUGUCUUCAGGAAGAUUCUGAAGGCUGUUGUUGGCGCUCUUGAGGGCAAGGACAGCUCCGACUCAGUGAAGGCUAUACAGGAAACUACCUCCAUAUCAGAAGAACAACUCAGCUUUGUCAUCUCGGGCUCAUACACACUCUUACGUGUGGCAUUCAGACUGUCAGCGUCAACGCUUAAGCAGGAGGUUUUCAAAGAAGAUCUGAAAGAGCUCAGAAUCCCAGAUGACUUUAUAGAAGACUUUUCUAACACUGUGUAUGGAAGCAGGCGACCAGUUCUUGAAGAUGCUGCUUUGAAACAAAGCAUUAGAUUACCAACUGUAGAAGAUAUGAGAUGGAGAGUGGAUGUUGCAAUUUCCACCAGCUCUCUUUCCCGGGCACUGCAGCCAUCCAUCCUAAUGCAGAUGAAGCUUUCCAAUGGAGAGUCCCAUCGUUUCGAAGUUCCAGUUGCUAAAUUCCAAGAGUUGCGAUAUAAUGUUGCUUUGCUCUUAAAGGAAAUGAACGAUCUUGAGAAGAAGAACAUUCUGAAAAUCCAGGACUGAGCACAUAUGAACACAUGAUCCAAUGCCAUUUCAGGCUCUCUGUGCCUACCCAGGUGUCUGGCUGGUAUCAGGCAGAUGAGCUUCAACUUUAAAUCUAAAAGGCAAAGAAAAUUGUUACACACUUUCAUUCUGUAGGCACCUAACCAGGCAUCACACAGCUGUGUAUGGAACACAUUUUUUCAUCUUUACAGCCCACUGCACACCUGCCUUCAUUGUUAGAUCUCUCUUUAUAACCAAUGAUGACAUGUAGUUUGGACACCAUGAAGGUGGUGAUGGGUUACCUUUUAGGCUCUGAACUCUAAUACAUAAGUACAUGAAAAUGUCUUUUUUGUUAGUAGUGUCUUUGUAUAAAAUUUUAAAGGUGUACUUUCCCUUCAUUUCCCCCUCUUACAUAAUAUUGUUGAUUUGCAAUGUUGUUUAAAGAGCAUUUAAUCAGCAUCAUUUUAUUUAAAGGGAACCUGGCACCAGUUUUAGGCUAGGUUUCCACACAGGUUUUU